AAAAAGGAUUUUUUUUUUUUGGGUAACUGUAUUUAAUCAUAGAUAUGUGUCUGAGUUGAAAAAACAAAACCCUAAAAAGGGUUCUCUGUAAGAACCAAUUCGCCGCCGGGUUGAUCAGGACCAUCAACUUCCCCCAAUUUCUAUUUGAUCUCACAACUCUUCACCACCUCCUACUCUUCCUCAGCUCCAACUGUUGUUUUUUGUUUUUGUUUUUGUUUUCUGGCAACACUUUUUAGUCCUGGCGGUGCUAUCUUGGUAUUCAAUGUUGGAAAGUAAGAGAAAACGUGUUUGUUUUUCUUUAUUUUUAUGAUGAUUCAGUGUUAAUAAUCGAAUCUUUAUUGCUUGUUUGUGCUCGAUUGUCCAGUUUUUUGAUCGUUUGACGCAACUGAAUGAGCUGUUUUGGAGUUUUGGUGAUCAAAGAUUGGAUUUUUAUGAGUUCAUAUAGGGGAUUCUAAGGGGGUUAAUUUUGUGGGUUUUGAGUGUUUUAGAUUGUGAAGUUUGAUUUUUGCAACCUUUUAGGGUUUUAGGGUUUGUUGGGUGUGAAUAUGUUGUCUGAUUUGGGUAGGAUGCCGGUGCUUGGCGGUAACGAAGGAUCGUUUGGAGAUGAAUUGGAGAAUGAAAUCAGCUUGUUGCUCCGCGAGCAGCGGCGACAAGACGUUGAUGAUCGCGAAAAGGAGCUAAAUUUGUUUAGAAGUGGGUCAGCUCCUCCCACUGUUGAGGGUUCACUGAGUGCAGUUGGUGGUUUGUUCAAUCAUAGUGGUGGUGGCGGUGGUGAUGGUGGCUUUUCAGGGUUUGCCAACAAUAAGAGUGGUAAUGGCUUUAUGUCUGAGGAAGAGCUUAGGUCUGAUCCGGCUUAUUUGUCUUAUUAUUAUUCGAAUGUGAAUUUAAACCCUAGGCUGCCACCUCCUUUGAUGUCUAAAGAGGACUGGCGGUUUGCACAGAGGUUGCAAGGAGGGAGUUCGGCCUCAGGUGGGAUUGGAGAUAGAAGGAAAGUGAAUAGGAAUGAUAGUGGUGGUGGGGGGAGAUCACUGUUUUCUAUGCCUCCAGGGUUUGGUUCGAAGAAAGGAGAGAGUGAGACUGAUUCAGAGAAAGUCCAUGGUUCGGGAGAGUGGGGUGGUGAUGGACUGAUUGGCUUGCCUGGUUUAGGGCUUGGUGGGAAACAGAAGAGCCUUGCUGAAAUAUUUCAGGAUGAUUUAGGGCGUGCAAGUCCUGCCUCUAGGAAUCCUUCUAGGCCUGCUAGCCGUAAUGCUUUUGAAAAUAGUGAGACUUUAGGUUCUGCUGACGCUGACCUGGUUCAUUUGCAUAGCGAAUUGGCAUCUACGGAUACUAUGCAAUCCAAUGUGAAUGUUCAGAGCUCAUCUUCUGUCCAAAAUGUCGGUCCACCCGCUUCAUAUUCUUAUGCUGCUGCUUUGGGUGCUUCCUUGUCUCGUAGUACCACCCCUGAUCCCCAACUCAUUGCCAGGGCUCCUAGUCCUUGCCUUGCUCCUAUUGGUGGAGAGAGAGUAAGUACAUCUGAGAAGAGAAGUAUUAAUGCUUCAAACUCAUUUAAUAGCGUCUCAACUCCCGUGAUCGAAUCUGCAGAUUUGGUCACUGCUUUUUCUGGCCUCAACCUUUCAAAUGGUGCGAUGGUUGAAGAGAACCAUUUGCCACCACAGAUUGAACAGGAUGUUGAUGAUCACCAGAAUUAUCUCUUCAAUUUGCAAAGUGGUCAUGCUAAUGCUAAACAGCAUCCGUACAUGAAAAAAUCUGAAUCGGGAAGUUUUCAUAGGCCUUUUGGUGACCAGUCGUUGAAAGUAUCAUACUUGGAUUCAAGCAGGAGCAAUGGAGCUGGAUUAGACCUUAGUAACCCGUCUCCCAAUAAAUCGUAUGUAAAAGGGUCUCCUGCUUCUACUCUUAACAGCAAAGGAAGUUUGCCUUCUCACUAUCAGCAUAUGGAUAGUGCUAAUUCAUCGUACUUGAACUAUGGUUUAGGUGGGUACUCCAUAAAUACAGUUAUGCCAUCCAUGAUGGCUUCUAAUCUGCCACCUUUAUAUGAAAAUGUUGCUGCAGCAUCAGCUAUGGCUGUCCAUGGAUUGGACUCAAGGGUUUUGGGGGGUGGUUUGCCUUCUGGAUCCUUCCUAAGCCCCACAGCAUCAGAAUCACAGAAUCUGAACAGAAUUGGGAAUCAGAUGGCUGGGAAUGCUCUUCAGGCACCACUUGUGGAUCCAAUGUACCUUCAGUACUUGAGGACAGGUGAGUAUGCUGCAGCACAAGCUGCAGCACUUAAUGAUCCCUCUAUGGAUAGAAAUUACUUGGGGGAUUCAUACAUGGAUUUACUUCAAAAAGCUUAUCUGGGGUCUUUGCUAUCACCUCAAAAAUCACAGUAUGGUGUUCCCAUGGGCACGAAGUCUGGUGGUUCUAAUCACCACGGUUACUAUGGAACUCCUGCGUAUGGUGUUGGUUUGUCGUAUCCUGGAAGUCCCUUGGCUAGUCCUGUCAUUCCAAACUCUCCUGGUGGACCCGGUAGUCCUAUGAGGCAUGGUGAACUCAAUAUGCAAUAUCCUUCUGUGAUGAGAAACUUAGCUGGGGGUGUAAUGGGACCUUGGCACUUGCAGGCUGGUUGUAAUGUGGAAGAUAUCUUCGCGUCCUCUUUGCUGGAAGAGUUUAAGAGCAAUAAAACUAAGUGUUUCGAACUUUCUGAAAUCACAGGUCAUGUUGUUGAGUUCAGUGCGGAUCAGUAUGGGAGCCGGUUCAUUCAACAGAAGCUCGAAACUGCAACAACAGAGGAGAAAAACAUGGUUUUUGAGGAAAUUUUUCCACAAGCACUUACAUUGAUGACUGAUGUGUUUGGUAAUUACGUGAUUCAAAAGUUUUUUGAGCAUGGAUUUGUGUCCCAGAGAAGAGAACUGGCUAACAAUCUUUUUGGACAUGUGCUGACACUUAGCCUUCAAAUGUACGGUUGUCGAGUGAUCCAGAAGGCAAUAGAAGUUGUUGAUCUUGAUCAAAAGAUAAAAAUGGUGGAAGAGCUCGAUGGUCAUGUCAUGCGCUGUGUGCGUGAUCAAAAUGGGAACCAUGUGAUUCAGAAGUGUAUUGAAUGUGUUCCUGAAGAACAUAUCCAGUUCAUUGUUUCAACAUUUUUUGAUCAAGUUGUGACCCUUUCAACCCAUCCAUAUGGGUGUCGUGUGGUACAGAGAAUAUUGGAGCACUGCGGCGAUCCAAAGACCCAGAGCAAAGUGAUGGAUGAAAUUUUAGGAUCUGUUAGCUUGUUGGCACAAGAUCAGUAUGGCAAUUAUGUUGUUCAGCAUGUACUGGAGCAUGGAAAGCCACACGAACGUUCGACGAUAAUCAAGGAAUUAGCUGGGAAGAUAGUUCAAAUGAGUCAGCAGAAGUUUGCCUCCAAUGUUGUGGAGAAGUGUUUAUCUUUUGGCGGUCCUUCCGAACGUCAGCUCUUGGUGAAUGAGAUGCUUGGCUCUACUGAUGAGAAUGAGCCUCUUCAGGCAAUGAUGAAAGAUCAAUUUGCAAAUUAUGUUGUACAAAAAGUACUGGAAACUUGUGAUGAUCAACAGCGUGAGCUAAUCCUGUCCCGAAUUAAGGUUCAUCUGAAUGCACUGAAAAAAUACACGUACGGAAAGCAUAUUGUCGCUCGUGUGGAGAAGCUUGUUGCAGCUGGAGAAAGGAGAAUUGCUGCUCAGUCUACACACUCGGCAUAUAUCCCAUAGGAAAGAAAGUUAUUGUACGGCUAACUAAGGCUAGUUUGGCUACCUAUUUCUCUUUUUUUCUUCCGCAUGUUUAGUGCUGCAGCUCUUCCUAUCUUUAAGAGCUGAUUGGAAAUAAAGUUGUUGCUUGUACUAGAAAAAUGUACAUUCUGUAGGUUAAGGUUUAUACGUAGAAUCUAGUACGCUGAGAGGCUCGGAUGUCAGGUCAGGUGUUUCUAAUGCCCCACUUGCAGAGGAGACAAUUGACAAUAGAAGUUUGUAGGGUGUAAAAAUGAACACUUUUGAGGUAGUUCACAUUUCAAUCGUGACUUUGUAAAAAUGUUGCCGUGUCUGAGUUGAUGUUUAGGUGAGGCUGGAAGCCGAGUAUAAUGUUAGUUACUGUUUAUUUGUUUUGGUGAUUUUGUUCUUUCAACCAUGCAUAUCAUUCAUCGUUUA